CACACUAAUAUUGUAUUAUUUUGAAUUGCAGUCGUCAUCCAUGUACAAAAGGAGUUUGCGAGGCUCGUUGAGUCAGUCAUCCUAUACAGAACCAGUAAUAAACCUAAGAAGUCCAGACAAACUCCAUGAUCGAACUCACUCGAAGAAGCAUAAUCGUUAUCACAAAAGUAGAAGCGCUUCAAACCAUGAUUCUUCACUUAGUGUUGUUAGUGACAAAAGAGCUCGUGAUUCAAAAUUGGAGCUAGUCGAAGACUUUGAAGAUAAUGAGACGAAUAAGUUUCAUUUAAAAAAUACUCACACUUGUGAAAAUCCAACAGUUAGUAAAACGUCUGCUCAAAAUAACCGUUUGUUAUCUCAUGAUCGAGAAACCUUUGGAUGCGAGCCGUUCAAUAUGUCCAACUCGACUCCUAAUUUGGGCCACCUCUACUCACACGUACCUCGACAUCAGACAAAUCAAACUUUAAUUACCGAACCUGAAGAAUAUGACCAAUAUAUAUCCGACGAUUCACAGAUACAGCAGUUGUUUCCUGACACAGUCCAAUCCAUGCCAUGUUCGCCUAGAGUCAAUGAACUCCUUGAGGAUCAAUGUGUCAUCGACCCCAGCUUUACUAAUUCUGAACAUUUUGGACACAUUUACCAACCAAAUACAAAUCUCAACAUAUAUGAGUUCUACGAAUGUCAGUUAAAUAAACAGCUAACAAAGUUGAGUAUGCUUCACGCUCAACAAUUAAAUAUUCAGGUUUUGUUAGAGCGUGAAUGGCUGAAAUUGCACAAGCUGAAUUGUUUGAAAAUGGCUAAGUAUGGAUAUAACGAUAUUAAAAAAUCCGAAAACUAUGACCAAUCUCAAUAUUCAUUUAUUGAAAAUAUAAAUAAUGCAAGACAUGUACAUUCAACAAGUAGCACUAAUGCAAUACCAGUUCAUUCACCUGAAAUGCGUAAUAUGAAUUCAUUUAAGCAUCAUAAUGAUUUAUUUUAUUUAAGUAAAAAUUUCAAAUCUGCUGAAUGUGGACUAAAUAAUUUAGAUGGUGGUGAUAACCAAGUAUUUAAUAUUGAUACCUAUAAUGAUAAUGUUUUAGCAAGAAUGCAAGAACGAAGUCGUAAUAGUGCAGAUGAAGGAACAUUCAACUUGAAUUCAAAUUACCGCAUGAUUUCACCAAAUCAUACAAUAAAAGAUAGAAAACCUGUACAUAAUUUAAAUUCAACUAUACUUUAUAAUAGAGAUCAUCUCUACUCACAAGAACUACUGAAUCGUUUAAUUCAAAGUUCACAGUCAAACGGUUACACAAAUUAUACACCAGUUUUUAACAAACCGUCACAUAAAUUAUCAACCAAAAAUAAUUAUCAUUUUUCUGAAUUAAAUAAUCAACAAAUUAUCAAAAAACCAAGUGUACCAAAAAGUGGUUCACCAUCGAAAGGAAGUUAUUUAACUUCUUCCGAAAUUGAAAUUCACUUACCAAGAGAAUAUCAAUCUUUUCAAUCAAAUCAACAUUCAAAGAAUUCAUUUCAACCUGGUAUAAACAAUCAAAAUUUAACAAAAACAUUUUCGGAGAACCAAAAUUUGAAACAAACCAAAUUGAAUAAAUGUUCAGGUUCUGAUCGAUUAUCUUCAAAGAAAUAUUUAAAAUCUGAUUGUAAAAAGAAACUUUUAUUAAAUCGAGAUGAUUCAAAACUACCAAUAAAUAGAUCUAAAAGUCCACCACAAAUGUUUAUAUUACGUAAAAGUGCAUCACAACCUUGUAUUUACAAAGAUGAUAUAAAUAAGGAAGAAAUUAACAGAUCGAGUCCCCCUCAAAAAUAUCCUCUUAUCAAACAAAGUAGUGAAUUGAAUGCAAACAAAUCAUCAACUGAAUCAAUUGAUAGGGAAAUUUUGGAUAUUGAUUAUAAAGCUUCAACAUCGUUAUGGUAUGAUCACAAUGAUAAUAAUAAUAACGUGAAGAAAAAUACUUUUAAUGGUGUUGUUAAUCAUGGUAAUGAUCAACACUGUUUACAAGAUACUAGUCAAUUAUUACCAUCAUAUCCUCGUAUAAUAAAACAAGUUUCUAAAUUGCCUAAACACAUUGAAGUGGAUAAAGAAAAAGAUUAUGAAUAUAGUUCAAAUUCAACAAGUCAGUCAAGUACUUCAAAUAUCACAAAUAAUCAUAUAAAAACUAAACAUAAAUCUAUGACGAAUUAUCAAUAUAAUGAUAAUAAAUUAAAAGUUAUUCAUGCAACUGAUAAUACAAAUAGUGUGAAGAAGCCGAUAUAUGAACAAAAUGAAACUAGUUAUAAUAACGUACAUAUAUCAAGAGAAUGUAAACAAAAUAAUAUUAUUGAUUGCAAUGAUUCCUCCACCUUAUCAAACUCUUUGUCUACGCUAAAAUUGUCGAAUGGAACUGCAAAUCAACAAAACCGAAUCAUAAGUAGCAACUGCACUACUGCUAUGAUAAAGACUAAUAAUAAUAGUAAUAAUAAUGGUGAUUUGAAUAAAUUUAUAAAGCAUACAUCCGAUGAUCAGUUGAAUAAUUAUGAGUUAGAUUUAACAAAUGACUCUGGUAUAUCAUCUGUGAAUAAAGAUUCGAUAAUACCAAGUGGUGUAAUCUGUUUACAUAAAGAAAUUAAUCAUAUGGUAUUUGGUCCUUCUCGUAAUUCACUCAAUAAUGCUGUGUUGAAUUUCACAAUUAGUGAACGAAUAAAUACACCAACAUGGUUAGCUUUAUGCACGGAUGAAAUGAAAGUUUAUGUCUAUGAUUUAUGGACCCAUAGUUGUUUAACAGAAUUUAUGAAUCAUGCUAUUUCAUCAACGAGUCCUGUAAUACAUCUAUUCUCAUUGAAUCCACUAGAAUAUUCUGAUAAUUCAAAAGCACAUGUUGGAUUUCUAUGUGUUGUUCAAAAGAAUGGAAUUUUAACACUAUAUAACAUAGCUACUCGAAAUAUGAUUUCAAGAACAAUAUUGGAAUGUGAAGUAUAUUGUGCUAGUUUAAUUCCAUGUCAAGGUAAACUAGAUCAAUAUUUACCUCAAUCUAUAUUCAGUAUUGAUACAUAUGGUUCAUUAACUAUUUCUCAAUGGAAAAUUAUAACAAAUAAUAAAGAUACAGUUCUCAAUGAACCUACAUUAUGCGAUGAAACAUUAGAAAUUGGAACAAACAUUUUUAAAGAGAUAUCACGUAAAGGAAAACAUGGAGAUUUUAAAUAUUGUACAUAUAUUCACGACAACUUUCGUUCACAACCCAAUGGUGAAUUAAAAUUAAAUAAAACAAACUCAAAUAUUGAUAAUUCACAAAUCUAUUCAUUCAAUGAUAUAAAUCCAUGUGAAUUUAGUUUUAUUACUGCAGCUUAUGAAUGUACAAGAAGAAAAAUUCUACGUUUAACAAAUUGGAUUUGUAAAAGUAAAGGUUUACGUAAUACUGUAUCAUAUAAUAAAAUUUUAUCAAAUGAUCCUAAUUCUAAUUUAAUUGAUAUGACAGUUGUUGAAAGUGGAUGUUCUGGUAGUUUAUGUAUGUGUUUUACAAAUGAAAUAUUUUGGCUUAGUUUACAUACAUUUGAUAUAUUAUCCAAAUUUAAAUUACCUACAUUUAUGCAACCAAUUAAUUGUUUAUCAAAAUCAUGGCCACAACCAGCUGAUUUAAAUCAAUCUCAGCAUAGACGUACAUGGAUAUCUGUAAAUAGAAAUCGUUUAUUAGAAAUUUCUCCAUUUGAAAGUCAACGUCGAUUAGAUACAAAAGGUAGAAGUUGUCUAUUAGUUUGCCCUGUACUAUCAACUGAUUCACAGAUUACAACUGUUUCAUCGGGUUUAGGUAUUACACCCAUUAUUGCAACAGCGUUAGAAAAUGGUGAAAUUCAUAUAACACAUAUCCCUGAAUCUUGUUUUAGUUGUAUGGUUGAAUUUUGUUCUCUUGGUUUUAUCAAUAAAAAUGAAUUAGUGAAUCAUGUUGUACAAGAUCAUUAUUUAGGCGAAUCAACCGAUGAAUUUCGAUGUAAUUGGUCUUCAUGUGAUCUAUAUCUUCCGUUGAAUUGUUCACAAUUUAAUAAAGAGAUAUUAGAAGAUCAUGCUCAUCAACAUGUAUAUUCAUAAGAAACAUCUAAUUUUUCUUUAAUUAUCAUUUUAGUAAAAAUUUAAUAAAUGUAAUAUUUAUUGUUUAUUAUUAUUAAUUUAUUAUUCACUUCCUGUUUGUUUAUUUAUUUACAAAAAUAAUACAUAACAUUUAAACAAAUCUCAUUUAAAACUACCUAAGAUUUCGUCCGCAUUUUCAUCAUAUAUUUAUGCAUAUAUAUAUAUACAUUUGUUUGAAUGAAUUGAAAGCAUUCUAAACAAAUUUUUAUUUGCUGAAAGAUCAAUAUUCUAUUGUUUAUUGUUCUAUGCUUCUCUUUCAACAGUAAUUUGUUUUUCUUACAGUAUCAACCAAUUAACACAUUAUCAUAUUGUUUUAAUAAGGAUAAUAAGAAAUUGUGUUACCUACAUAGAUAUUAAUCACUUGUUAAAUGUAAUAAGGAAUCAACUUCAUAACUUUGUUUAUUUUUCUAAAGAACUUAUUGUUGUUGUUGAUAAAUUCAUGUUUAUCAAAAAAAAGAGAAGAAUAUUUGAGUGAACAGUUGUUUUCAAUAGCUUCAUCAUCAGGCUCUACUGUUAUAAGUCCAUAAUUAUAAUAUUUUAUGAAGGCCAAAAUAAGGCAAUGCAUUAAUGAGUUUGACAAUGUUAUGUGUUAAAAAUAGUGAAUAUUUGCAUCUGUUACAAUCCCAAUAUGAGUAUUUAAAUAAAAAGAAAUUUAUCACUAACUAUUAAAUUCUGCAUUAUUUCUACCCAUUUACAAGGUGUUAUAUUUUUUAUAUAAUUACUAGAAGAUAUGUUGAAUGUUUUAAUGAAAUCAUUUUAAUAUGAAUAAUACUUGGUUUGUAAGCGGUCUACAAGGGUUCCUAAGUUUUCGUUUGUUUGUUUGUUUUAUAAUGUUGAUCAUUGGAAUUGUAGAUGAGCGUUAAUAACUGAUCAAUUGAAAUCAUACAACCAUUUUUUUUACUAAUAUCUUCUCGAAAACUUGAACCCAGCACUGAUUAUUUCAAAUGUUUUAAUGUAGAAACACUCAAUUACCAAAAUCAUGAAGGUUUUUUUUAUUUGUUUCAUUUUGUAAUUUCUCUAUCACUAACGUAACUGUGUUAUUUGAUCUCUUUUAUCUUCAAUAAACUUUAUCUUUGCCGACUGAAUCCAUUGAAAUACACAAGCCAUGAAAAAAAUUACACUUCAGAUUACGGCUUGAAAAGAAUCACGAUUAAUUAAUGCUUAUUGUAUAUUUG